CCUAUUGUUUCUGAUCCUUACAAUAACUCUGCACGUUGAAGCUUUACCAAUGGAAAAACUGAGGCUCAGUCUGGGUGCGGUGGCUCACGCCUGUAACCCCACCACUUUGGGAGGCCGAGGUGGGUGGAUCACUUGAGGUCAGGAGUUCAAGACCAGCCUGGUGAACAUGGUGAAACCCCCAUCUCUACUAAAAAUACAAAAACUAGCCAGGCAUGGUGGUGCAUGCCUGUAGUCCCAGCUACAUGGGAGGCUGAGGCAGGAGGAUCGCCUGAGCCUAGGAGGCAGAGGUUGCAGUCAAGUGAGAUUGUGCCACUGCACUCUAGCCUGGAUGACAGAGCAAGAUCCUGUCUCAAAACAGCAACAACAACAACAACAACAACAACAAAAUCCCGAGGCACAGCUAGUGAGCGGCAGAGCCAGAAUUCCAACCAAAGUCUGUCUUGCAGACUUCAAGUCUCCUUUACCUUUCAAGGCAUUCCGUCACCUCACCCUCCUCCCCAGAGGCCACCUCAUUCAUGUGUGCUCUGUCUUCCAGAAACCCUUCCAACCACGAAGAUGGCUCAGACCAACCCUACGCAGGGGUCCCUGGGGCCAUGGAAGAUAACCAUCUAUGAUCAGGAGAACUUUCAGGGCAAGAGGAUGGAGUUCACCAGCUCCUGUCCAAAUGUCUCUGAGCGCAGUUUUGAUAAUGUCCGGUCCCUCAAGGUGGAAUGUGGCGCCUGGAUUGGUUAUGAGCAUACCAGCUUCUGUGGGCAACAGUUUAUCCUGGAGAGAGGAGAAUACCCUCGCUGGGAUGCCUGGAGUGGGAGUAAUGCCUACCACAUUGAGCGUCUCAUGUCCUUCCGCCCCAUCUGUUCAGCUAAUCAUAAGGAGUCUAAGAUGACCAUCUUUGAGAAGGAAAACUUUAUUGGACGCCAGUGGGAGAUCUCUGAUGACUACCCCUCCUUGCAAGCCAUGGGUUGGCCCAACAACGAAGUCGGCUCCAUGAAGAUACAAAAUGGGGCCUGGGUUUGCUACCAAUAUCCUGGAUAUCGUGGGUAUCAGUAUAUCUUGGAAUGUGACCAUCACGGAGGAGACUAUAAACAUUGGAGAGAGUGGGGAUCUCAUGCCCAGACUUCCCAGAUCCAAUCGAUUCGCCGAAUCCAACAGUAGCUGAUUAAAAGCUCCAAGUACGAUAAUUCCUCAAGCAUGAGACCUUGCUAAGCACUCUAGAAUGAGUUUUAUGUUCUGCUCACAGACAUUGCUUUCAAAUGUUAGCUGCUGAAAUCCACAAUAAACAUCAUU